CCCAAACGCAUUUCAGCCGUCCAUCACAAGCAAGCGGAAGCAAGCAGCACGGUGCCCCGUCCCCCGGUCCGGCGAUUCUUCUCCUAUCUUGUCCUGCCCCGGCAGUUGUCUUGCGUCCCAGCCAUCCGCUGGUCCAUGGCGGCGACGGCCCUGCUCCUCCCCAGCCUCUCGGCGGCGGCGCCCACGGCCAGGCAGAACCGCCACCACUGGUCGCCUCGGCCGCAGCUCCAGCGCGGCUCCCUCGCCUCCGGUGCCCUCCGGCCGCCCCUGCCGCGCCGGCGGCUCGCGGUCUCGGCCGUGCAAGAGACGAAGGAGGGCGAGGCCAAGACGGCCGAGGAGAUCACCGAGAAGUACGGGCUCGAGUUCGGCCUCUGGAAAGUGUUUAGCUCCAAGGAGGAGGAGGGAGGCGAGGGGAAGAAGAAGUCGCGGACGGACCAGGCCAAGGAGCUCCUGGCCAAGUACGGCGGCGCGUACCUGGCCACCUCCAUCUCGCUCUCGCUCGUCUCCUUCACCCUCUGCUACCUCCUCAUCAGCGCCGGCGUCGACGUGCAGGACCUGCUCGCCAAGGUCGGCAUCGCGACGGGCGAGACCGGAGGGAAGGUCGGGACCUUCGCGCUGGCCUACGCCGCGCACAAGGCCGCGUCGCCGAUCAGGUUCCCGCCCACGGUGGCGCUGACGCCGGUGGUCGCCGGCUGGAUUGGCAAGAUCAGGAAGGGCGGCGAGUGAUGAUGCGCCGGUGAAGUACUACAGGCAACUUCGAUGUACACUUGUUUUGUUCCUACUGAAUCAUGUAGUAUGUAUGCAUAUAACUAAAUCUAAAUAUAAUCUUAGGUGUUCUAGUAGCAUAUGCCAGUGAAUCUGGUGCUGCUUUUGCUCUGUAUGUAGAACUUGUCAAAACCAGUAAUGAAUUUCAACUAGCGGUACUGAA